AUUGAGUCUUUGAGAUGAACGAAGUUUCAGGUACCUCAUACAGACGUGACGUUAAACAAGCUGCCGUAUGUGAAAGAAUGUUCGGCAAAUCCUUCCAAAAGUCAUGAAUCAGUCCUUUAAGCAUCACACUUCCCAGUUUUUCAAUUGGCCAAGAAUGCGCAAGGGCCAGAUUCUCAUGCUCAGUUCGUCGGAUCACCCGCGUUGCUGUAUUGCGCUCAGCCUCCUCCGGAUCGCCGGGAAGAUCUCCGCGAUGCCAUCCCAAGGAGGCGCAUGUCCUAUCGCGUCACUUCCAUGGAGCUUGGCAAAUGGAGAUCCUCAGGCGCUUCAAUACUGUAUGCACCCCCCUUCUGCAAUUUCUUCUCCGUGUGUACAGUAUCAAAAGGUUCGGUCCGAUCCGAGUGGGUAUCUUCGCUAGCUCCCUAGUAGGCGCUCCUGUACUUCCCCCAUAAAGAAGAU